AACCACAGAAUGAGAAAAUGCUGCAAGGAGGAGCGCUGGACGGAGUCUACAGGCUGGCACAGUUUCACAUUCACUGGGGAUCCUGUGACGGCCAAGGGUCUGAGCACACUGUGGAUGGUGUGAAGUAUGAUGCAGAGCUCCAUAUUGUUCACUGGAAUGUAAAAUAUGGUAAAUUUGCUGAAGCUGUGAAGCAUCCUGAUGGUUUGGCUGUGGUAGGCAUCUUCAUGAAGGUAGGAAAUGCCAGGCCUGAAAUACAGAAAGUUGUGGAUGCUCUGAACUCCAUUCAAACCAAGGGGAAGCAAGCUUCUUUCACAAACUUUGACCCCACUGGACUGCUUCCUGCAUGUAGAGACUAUUGGACGUACCCUGGUUCGCUGACCACCCCUCCACUGCUGGAAUGUGUCAUCUGGCACGUUCUGAAGGAGCCCAUCACUGUCAGCCCUGAGCAGAUGUGCAAACUCCGUGGCCUUUGCUUCAGUGCUGAGAAUGAGCCUGUGUGCCAUAUGGUGGACAACUGGCGCCCGUGUCAACCUUUGAAGAGCAGAGAAGUCAGAGCUUCCUUCCAGUAACCUCAGCGCUGAGUGUGUUAGAAAUUGCUGUGUUUGUGAGCAGCCCCUUUUGCUAAGCACAAAUCAAACCUUUGCCAUGUGUGCCCUGGCAACAUCCCAGAUCCAUUCUUUCUUUUGCUCUGCAUCUAAAAUGCCAGCUAAUGAAAUAUGAAAGGCUCUUGGACAAAUAGGAAAGGGUUCUUAAGGUGUGGGGUUGGGGGAGGCAUGGGGGGGGGUGGUGGCUGUGUGCAUUUUGGUGACUAUUACUGUGGCUGACACUUUGGUAUAACAGUAUCUUGGGAGAGGAUAUGGUGAUAGUGAAAUAAGCCAUUUUAAGAAACCUCAUCCACAGGUGUGAUAGUACACGUAACUAAUGAUAACUUGAAGCUUUGUGAAAAGCACAGGACUACAGAAUAUAGGUAUGAUUUUGGAAACAAAAAAGUAUUUUGAGAAAGUAAAGCAAAAUGAAUAUUGAGAAUUAGACUUCUUAGAUUUUAAGAAACUGACAUGUAAAUAUUUUUAAGACUGUUUUACACUUUUACUCAUGCUAUCAACAAGUUUGAUUAUGUCUUAAUGGUAGUGUUGGAUUUUUUUUAAUUAAAAAUGUCCUAAAGUAAGUAUUAUCUUUCAAAGUUGUUAUUACCGUAGAAAUAAUAAAAAGUAUCUUUUCAUUGAAAUAAUAUAUGCUCUAAUUUAAAGAGGAAAAUAAUAUUGUAUUUUAGAUAACUUCUCUAAUAAAUCUAUACUU